UUUCCGACAGCAGCCUUGGAUCCUUGAGGGUUCUGUUUCAGUCUCAGCUGGACAGAGCCUUGGCCAUUCUGGACCACGGCGGGGUGACCAAGCUGAUAGCCCAACCCAGCGGCAGAAGCGCGUUUCAGGUUCGCGGCAACCCCAGGAGCUCUGCCUUUCACAUCUGCCUGCCGCACCAUUACUGCCCGUGUCAGUCAUUCUUCUAUGACGCAGUCUCUCGUGGCGAGCAGCUCAUG